UAAGGCUGUCAAAAGUUUAAAAAAUCCAGCUGGCCUAUAUACGACACAAAAUUUAAGGUAAAACAAUUUGGUUUUAACGCAUUGAACUCGUGUUAUUGUCGGGAAAACCUUGACACUUGUUUUAAAACACGCAAUUUUCUCGUCUGCAUUUAGCAGAUUGUAGAUGAGUACCCCUUGAAUAUUGUUGGAACCUCAAAACAAGUAUGCCCAUGCACACUGAAAGCACAUGCAGCUUCCCCCAGCGAGAGCUGUCACAACAUUUCGUGAACAAAUGUUUCAGGGUAGCUUGUACAUGGUGCCUGGAGAAGAUGGUCUGGAAUACUGGUAGUUUAUGAGCAGACGACAAUGUUUGUUGCUGGGACAACAGGGCUUGGUGGGCCUUUGUAUCACAAAGACCAAGUUCCAGAACACUUCCAUGAGAGUUUUAUCGUGAAGGGUUAUAGAAACCCCAAAAGCCCACCAUUCAGAUGUUUACUGAGUGUGUUUGACGCCACUAAUGAGACAUUGAACUUUUGGACACAUUUCUUACCAUCAUGGUACUUCAUGUGGAUAUUAAAGGGAUUAUCGCAUACCUUGGACUUUCAGCAUGACAGUUACACAUGGCCGCUGCUGGCAUACAUGUGUAUGUGUUGCAUAUACCCUCUUGCUAGCUCUAUUGCACACACGUUCAAUACAAUGUCUGACAAAGCAAGACACGUCUGCUUCUUCAUGGAUUACAGUGCAAUAGCUGCGUCGGCAUUCGGCGUAGCAUUAGCAUACAGAGCAUACUCAUUUCCUUCGGCAUUCAGGGUUGGGCUUGUCGGUGAUAUGUAUCUAAUAAUAGCAUUCGUAAAUUCCAUUUUAUGCAUUGUUAUAUCUUGCAAAACCAGAUUUAUGCAAAUGAAUACAUUCCGGAAGGUGAUGAGAAUUGGAUCGUUAGGGUUACCAUGUAUAUACACAACUGUGCCAAUUACAUACCGCCUUUUACUUGGAUCAGAAUCUGACAUGAAUUUAACAUCAAACUAUCAUCACUGUUUGAGCAUAAUUUUUAUGUAUCUAGCUGGAACACUUUAUGGGACCCAUUUUCCAGAGCGUAUAUUUCCAGGGAGUUUUGAUAUUGUUGGACAUAGCCAUCAGCUGUUUCAUGUCUGUGUUAUUCUCGGCACGAUGACCCAGAUGCAGGGAGUCCUCUAUGAUAUGCAGGAAAGGAAACAAGAGCUUAUGUCAGAGUGGGAGUUCUCCGACGCCUCAUCCAGUGUAGGCAUGCUAGGGGCAGUGCUUCUUACAAAUACAAUUUUUGUGAUAAUUUAUACUUUAUUUUUGUAUAGAAAAAAUCCUAAAGAUAAAACUCUUUGAUAUGGUUUAUUUCAUUGUUAGAUCGAUGUUAAUGAGUUGUUAUUGAUAUUGUACUAUUGAAACCAUUAUAUACCUAAUUAAGUAUAACAUACAAUGUACCCACUGAUGUCUUAGGUGCUUGUUACUAGUGGAAAUUUAUGAUGCUGUUUCUAUUCUUGUGCUGCGUUUGGUUACCAGUCUAAUAAAUCUAGCAUCUGAUUGGCUUUUUCUGAGUAUAAGUCUGAAAUGACAAAUGGCAGGGCUGCAUUCUUAUAUGGUAUUUGAUUGAUGAGAAAUAGGUAGAUGCACAAAUUUUUUUAAAUUGUACUAGGCGGUAUGAGAGCACAGAAGUAUUUAAAUGGUACUAAAUUAGUCGACAGAUAUUAAAUUGUGUUUAUAUUUGUAUCUUUGGAAUUAUUCCAUGUUCAGUUUAAGUAGUGCACAACUUCCUCUGUAGAGGUUGUAGGUUGGAAGUGUGGGUGAGGGGUCUGUUCUCCAUGAUGAUUAAAAAUCAGUCAUCCUACACUUCUAAUUCAUGUAAGGAAGUUAUCAGUUACUUGUGGAGAACAGGACUUUACUGGUAAUGGAUAGUGACACAAUAAUUUGGUUAAAUGAUCACAUGUAUAACUGAAAUACUGUUAAGCCAACAGAAACAAAGGUGCUCAAGAAUUAAAAUCACCUGCUACAUUAUAGCGAUUCAAAUUGAUACAAUAUUUCUAUAAAGAACAGUGAUUUAAUCAAGAAACUAUAUGCCAUUGAGAUUUAAUUCCUGUGCAUCUGAACAACCAAACAAUGAUUUUAUUCAAUGAUAAAGUUACUGUUAACUUGAUAUCCGUCCAAAAAUUUCCUGAUCUGACGUGUCAUACUCAUUUUCAGCGUGCCGGAAACAAAAUAUGAUCUAUUCAUGAAAGUGAUGAUUUACUCUGAUUUUAUCGCAUAAUAGCUUCACACUGUCAAUGGGAAAACAAAUCAGGUUGUGUUAGAAAGAACAAAAUAUAUAAAAGUUAACUAUUGUCUGAAUUUCAUUAUUAAAACUAUAGGUAUGUCUCUAGAGUGAUCAACAGUGUUAAUUUCUUCUGAUAAAAGUAUGCAAGAGGAAAAUUGAUGUGAGUGGGUUAAUAGCUGAAACUUUUAUGCCAUAUUUAGAAUAAGAAUUUUUACAGUGAAAUAUAUAUUUUUAUACUAAUUACAUUAACUUGUUUGUAUUGAACAACCUCAUUUUGCCAAACUGAACAGGGUGCAUGACUUUUAUCAUGUCAAAGAUCUGUACACAUUAUUUCAUUAAACACCUUUCAUUGCUGUACACAGUGAAACAUAAACUAUAUAAAAGGCUGUAUCCCUUUCUAAAUACUUAAUUGCAAAAUACUGAAUUCCAAAGAUUCAUAAAAGCUAUUACAUAUGUUUUGCGAAAUUAUUUUAGGAUUAGACAAUGUAAAAGAAAUUUAAAACAUGGCUGAUGUUGACUCAAGAGAUCAAAUUUCACCUUUUUUUUCAGAUUAAUUUCCUUUUCAUAGUUUUGAUAGUUUUCUCUGAAGAUGUAUGUUAAACUUUUAAUUAGAUUGAUAAAAAGAACUGUUUAAAUAAAUGCAAAUGAUUUUUCCAUGUAGAGGAUGUUUGGAACAUAUCCAAACGAUGAAAAGCAUUAUAUUACUUUCUUGAUGCUUUCAAAUGAUUUCAAGCAGAAAAUAAAAUUGAUUUUUCUUAGGAUCAAAAACAACUUUCUGUAUGUACAUAAUUAUGUCAAUAAGAUAUUUUGAAAAAUCUGACAGAUGGCUUGAUACUUCAGGAAUGAACGUCUCAUCCUUUUGACAUAUUAUUUAGGGUAGUAUAAAUAUGAUAAAAUGUCAUAAUUGUUAUCACAGGUAUUAGAUCUGUUUUUUUCAUAACUGUUAAUUCUUUUCCUUGAAAUGAACAAGCAUAAUAAAAUUGUACAAAAUACUGUAUGUAUAUAGGUGUGGGGGAUGGCCCCAGAGGCAAAGUGGUUAAGGUUGCUGGCUUUCCCUUCCUUUUUUUUAGGUUCUAAACUUGGCUUGGGGUUUAUAAAUUUUUUGUGUGAGGUAGCCAUCCAGCUGGCUAAUGUAAGGUCAGUGGUUCUGCCCAUGUGCCUGCUUGUGCCUGAAAUCAUGCUAUGAAGAAUACCUGGGUUUUUUUGAUCCUCUAACAAAAGCUGGAGAUGUUGCUAAUGAUUAACAUUAUGUUGGUGUGGCUUUUAAACCAAAAAACAAAUACACCUGUAGAUGAUAUUCAGGGUAGAUUUAAUUUUGCUAAUAUUUAAUAUAGAGAACCUCAUAUGUUUGAAAUGGGCUGAUUUAAAGUAGCAGCAAUAUGGAUGUAAUCAGCUUUGGGUUAAAAAUUUAUGUAAUCUGAUGCAAAGUCAUGUGUUCUACAGUAUACAAGAAGUUACAGUAUGAUAUACUACAUAAAUUUGGGAGAUAUAAUCGGGAUGUUAUAUAGUGUAACCAAGCAUUACAUUUUAUAUUGAUAUAUCAGCAUAUAUUAUACAUGAUUUAACAUAAUGUGUUAUUCGCUGAAGUCAAAAUGGUAAUUAUUUUAUGGGAUAUGCAUAAAGAUUUGUCUAUAUCUGCCAAUGCUUCAUUCCAUCCCAGGAAUCAUUUUAUGACCCUAGUUGGACUUUGUACAUUCUAUUAAAGAUGUUUUUAAAGAAGUAUGCUGUCAGGUUUAUGUCAAAUUUUGCAAAUUUGUAAUUGGUUAAUAAUGACAAAGUUUUUUUUACGCAUUUCUAGGCUGUAUAUAUUUAUAGCUACAAUGGAAUAGUCUGUUAAUCAUAUAGAAAAGCUCUAAGAAAUGUUACUUAGCCAGAACUGUUUAAGUUUAAGUAAAGAAUUUAGUAGUAAUUUGAAGUAUUAAACUGAUUUAUGAAAUAUCUAUACAUUAAUUGAAACACCACUGCCUCUUACAUUGAAACACCACUGGCUCAAGCAUGGAUGGCUUGCAUACCAGUAUUCACAUGUAGCAAUUCAUAUGGACCAGACAGUUUGUUUUCUGGGACUAUGUGGUCCACACAGUUUGUAUUCUGGGACUAUGUGGUCCACACAGUUUGUAUUCUGGGACUAUGUGGUCCACACUGUUUGUAUUCUGGGACUAUGUGGUCCACACAGUUUGUAUUCUGGGACUAUGUGGUCCACACAGUUUGUAUUCUGGGACUAUGUGGUCCACACUGUUUGUAUUCUGGGACUAUGUGGUCCACACAGUUUGUAUUCUGGAACAAUGUGGUCCACACAGUUUGUAUUCUGGGACUAUGUUUGGGUUGCUCAAAAUCCCGGAAAAAAUCAAACAUUUUGCUUAUUCUUGAGUGAUCAGGGUUUUACUGUAUUUGAUACACAGUGAAAGCAUUUAAUUCCACAGGCAUGAAAUUUUAUGGUUUUGGCCAAAAUGACAAAUUUAUGAAGAUAUGAAUUUGUGGAUUUCAGUAUUUGAAAAUUUUUAUUUGUUUGUCUGGAUAUAAAUUGGUGGAUUUGACUCGACUGCAAAAUCUAUGAAUAUUAGUUUCCUCACAAAUAUUAAUGAUUUUACAGUACUUUGAUAUCUGUUCUAAAGGCAUACACCAGGAGGUGACAUGCCCCUUUAAUUUAAUUAUGUUUCUUAAAAUCUAUGAUUAUUAUGUUAUUAUUAUUAUGUUAUUAUGUUAUUUCACAUAUUCUAACAUUAUGUUACUUGUUAGUACACAAAUAUUUAUGUUAUAACAUUGUUAUAUGUUGCAAUGCAAAUGUUUGAAUUUUUCUUGCUACUACAAAAGUUGUUAAUUUUUCUGACAACACAGGGUGUGACUGAUGCGGGUAGUUAAUAAGAUAUUUCAAGAAAUUGUUGUCUAUGGUAUAUCCUAGGCUAUAACAUUAUCUUAUAUCAGGGUAGGCAAAGUACUUGCUGGGAUGGUAUUAACCAGUGGUAUAAGUCUUUUAGACAUCUACAGUGAUGAACUUGUUACAUUCUUAGAUGUUUUUCCAUUGCCACUGAGUUUAGUUCUGACUUAGACAGUCCAUUAGCAGUGCCAUCAAUGUUUUUAUUGGAAAUUACUGUCCAGUUAAUUGUAAAUUUGAACAUGAAAUGGAAUGUGUCAGAUUGGUGGCCAUGAUUCUACAAAAUUGAUGAAAUAAGAUAAAUAGUUUGAGUACUUUGGAAUACAUCAAAGGUUCUAAACCAUAGUUUGUAAACCUGAAAGAUUGGCCACACCCUUGUAUGUCAAAUAAAUUUGAACAAAAUUAUUAUUGUUUGUUUUGUGUGCAUUCAUGAUUAUUGUUAAUUAUUGUUAAUUGUUUUUCAUAUUGAUGGUGAUAGUAAAUUCAUUAUGUGCUGAAGUUGUUAAGUGUGCUCUAUGUUUGUAUACUGUAUUUAUCUAUGUAUUAUGUAUACCCAUGUAUAAUAAGCUCCGCCAAAUUCAGCCUUGAAUCCCAGGGCAUAAAUUUGUCUUGGUCUAUUUUGAGGAAGGCUUUAGAAAGAAUACAGUCUGAAAAUAAGUGCACUAAACAUGGGUAAAUAUGGUACCUGCUCGUACCCUUAGUUGCUUUUUCACAGUUUUGGUGAUAAAUUUGAAUAUUUUCCUUUUACAGUGUUUGUUGUAAAAUAUUAUCCUGACUUUAAGAAAUGGCCAAAAAAAGUGAAAGCAGUGUAAUUAUGUGAAAAAUACUUCAUUUUGGUUAACAGUAAAGUGUGAGCGGAGUCGGUUAUGUUAACAUUUAGUUACAGGAAGUUUAGGGAACACAAUGAAACUUGUGUACAUGUAUUUAAACAUGGAGAUGAGGCCUCAAAGUUUAUGGGGAUAUUGUGAUUUAAAUAAGGUCCAUAUUUUUGUCUAUGGGGAUAUUGACAUUAUGAAGAUAUUAAACUUUAUUAGGAAAAAGAAGAUUGAGGAUAUUGAUGUUUGCAAAUACAUUUAAGUACAUGAGACCUUAUAUUUAAGUUUAUUGGUAUAUUAUGAGGCAACAUGUUUAACCCUUAGCAUGCUGGACACAAUUAAUUCUGUCAUUGCGACCAGUGUAGAUCUGCACUGUUCGCCAUUCAGACAGUAUCUUUUUGGAAAGCACACCUUUUAACAGUUAAUAGCUAUAUCCAAAUUGAAAAAUGGAGAUUAAGUUCAUUAUAGAAAUUUAGCAUGGUAAGGGUUAAAUUAUAAUGAUAUUAACAUAAAAAAGAUAUUGGACUUUAGGUAGAUAUUGAUAUUUUCUCCCCUCACUGUUGUGAAUUAGGAGCUCUAACACACUUGAAGCCCAUUAGUAAUCAACAGAACCAUUGAUUUUACCAGUUUUGUAUUUUAUUUUUACUUGCUGAUAUUCUGUGUUCAAUGUAUAUUUCAUUAGGAAAUCUGCAACAUGGCUCUUUUGCCACUAGUGUUAUUGAUAACAAAUUUUGAUAUCUGUAUUUGCCUUCGGACCUAAUUUACAUUUUAUAUAUUCUUAAUUUGUAAAUGAUUGAUUUGUGCUUUUAGUUAAGGGGAUUUUGGUAAGGUUACCAUGAUUGGUUUGCACCUUUAGUAAGGAUGACUUUGGUUAGGCUCUCGUGAUCAAUUUGUGAUUUUAGUAAAUGGGAUUUUGGUUAGACUAUCAUGAUCAACUUAAUGAUUUUAGUAAAUGGGAUUUUGGUUAGACUAUCAUGAUUGACUUAAUGCUUUUAGUAAAGGGAUUCUAGUUAGGCUAUCAUGAUUGAUUUGUGAUUUUAGUAAAUGGGGAUUUGGAUUAGACUGUCAUGAUUUUUUGUGCACUUAGUAAAGGGGAUUUGGUUAGACUAUCAUGAUUGAUUUAUGAUUUUUAUAAAGUGUUUUUUGAUUAGGCUAUUGUGAUUGACAUGUGCACUUAGUAAAGGGGAUUUGGGUUAGGCUAACAUGAUUGAUUUAUAAUUUUUAUAAAGUGUUUUUUUUUUUAUUAGGCUAUUGUGAUUGACAUGUGCACUUAGUAAAGGGGAUUUUGGGUAGGCUAUCAUGAUCAAAUACUUUUAGCAAUGUGGAUUUUGGAUAGACUGUCAUGACUGCCCAGUGAUUUUAGUACAGUAGAUUUUGGUUAGGCUAUCAUUAUUUGUUUGCUGUACUAAGACUCGGAUUGAGUUUUUUAGUUGGGCAUAUUGAAGAGAGUGCAAUAUAACUAAGAUAUUAUUGUUCCAACUUGUGGUUCUUCAGGGUAUUCUAGGUACCGGUGUAUCAUACACUAAAUAUUUUUGGUAUAUUGAAAUUUUUGGAUGAUUGUUUUAAAACCUGAGUGGUUUUAUUUCAGUUUAAGUGAUAGUAACCUACAUACUAGCAGUGAACAUUCAGUAAAAUAUUUAUACCAUAGCUAAAUUUUAAGUUAAGAUUCCCCUGUUCCAUAUGGAAGAGGAAUAAGACCAUUUGUGAUAAACAAUGUCCGAAAUAUGCACAAGGAAGGUACAUGUUAAGUUCAACAACAAAUUACUUUUUACAAAGAUCAUCAUGUAUGUAAACAACAAAGAAAGCAAAACCUAUUUAUGGAUAAAUGUUUUCUACAGACAUUGGUGAGGAAGCACAGUGUGGUUAUAGAGGUUUUAUUAGGAAUUGUGUGUUCAAUGAUAUUUGUUUUCAUGAAUUAUUCAGAUUCAGGUGCCAUAUAAAUAGACCAAAGUAACUGAAUUAACUGUUUCUGAAAGUUUAAUUAUGAGCUUACUUAGAGUGUUUCCUCUUUGUAUUUUAAUACAUGUAUAACAAAGUUAAACUCGAUUGUAACAUCAAAGAACAAUGAGCAAGUUUUUCAGGGAUUUAGUUGUGCUUGAGAUUACAUUCAUAUGGAGAUUUCCAAUAUCAAAACAUUGCAUAAACAUUUGGAAAUGUCCAGUCAAAGGUACUCAGUAUAUAAAUGGCUGGUCUAUAGUUUGUGCUGCAUGACUCAUCUAUAUUCAACACAUUCCUUCUUGGCUAAUAAGUCUAAAAAUUAAAAGAUAAUUAGAAGAAAAUUAACUCCUGAUGUCAUGUUAUAAAACACUUGAACUACUUGCCAGUGAAUAGUCAAAACUUAUAAUCGGCCCUCAUUCCUUCAGACCUCGGGGCAAUAGUUUUGAUUAUUGACCAGCAUGCCAUUCACUCAGUGUAUACUAGACAAUAGAGUACAAAUAGAACUUUUUUGUUUUUGUUGAUUUAAGUAAAAUGACAUUUUAUUUUGUCUGUUCAGUUGUUUUUAUAGCAUGUUUUUGUAUUGUUUUACCUUCUGUUUGUUUCAUUAAUAUUUUCUACAACUAUCAUCCAACAAUUUUUGACAAUGCAUUCAUUUUUAUCAGCUUCAAAUAACACUACUAUCUACAUGCUUACUUUAAUUAUUGUUAUGUUAGUGUAAAUUAUUGUUUAAUACUGUAGUGAAAUAGAUUUAACUCUUAAUUUAACUUUUCUUGUAAACUUUUUGUUUGCAAAUUCUGGAACAACAUUAUUUUUGUAUAAACACAAGUCCAGUCAGCUGAUAUUGGGAACAAAAUUGUAUUUAACAAAAAUGUACACUGCCAUGGGACAAAUCUGUAUCCAGUAUGAAAUUUCAAUCAUGUAGUAAUUGAUAAUCUAUACAGUUAAACCUGUGAUAAAUUCCAUUCUGAGUUUAUAUUUUAAACCACAUGUAAAUAAAUACCACUUUUUUGGCUUUUUCAAGUUAACCUAUUGAUAGUCUCUCUAACUGACUUGAACUAUGAGGGUCUUGUACUAUCCCCGUGUAUCUCCUGGGUAUGGGUAACAUGUAUGUAACUGAUCUAACUGAGACAGGACUAGUUCAUUGUAUACAGGUGUGACUGUAUUUCUAACAGUAUGUGAUUCUACAGUCAUCGUCAUUUAUCACCCAUGCUUAUUUAGCAAUUACUAUAAUUUAGUGUAAUUGCAGACAUCAACUACUAAUAGGAAAAUUCACCUGUAUUCAGCAGUGGUAUAUAUUCAGCUUUGGGGUAUUAUAUUGUGUAGGUUUAAGGUUGUUGCCACAUAUCUGCGGCAUGUCUUAGGUAAUUAAAUUUCAGUUAAUAAUAAUUGUUUUUGUUUUUCUGUCAGACUGCAUUAUUGUAUAUCUACUAACUUAUUGUGAUAAAUAACCUAAGGAACAAAUAAACAGGAAAUAUAUGUGGAACAAAGUCUAUGAUUAAGAUAUUUUUCAGAAUGGAAUUGUACCUUCGAAAUAUCAUUGAGAUCAGUCUGUUUUAUGAGCUUCAUUAAACUGUUGGUUUGAUUUGCUUUUAAAAAAAAGUAACUGCCUAAAUGUUGCCUUUUCUAAUGAUUUUACUCUCACAAACUAGCCUGUUUAUCAGAUCUGUGGUAUACUGGUAUAUAAAGUAAGCUUAGCUGUGUUCAAGGCACUGACCUCCAGACUUUAGCUAAAAUGAUCCUUCCUUAAAAUUUAAGUUUGUCAUGUUAUGAACAUUAGGAACUUACAUGAGUUUUAGUUUCUAAAAUACCUUAACAAAUGUCAAAUCAAGAAAAAACAAAAAAACCUGAGUUGGGAAUCAAACCCUGGCUGCAGCAGCAAUAAAAUUUAUAUUUCCUGCAUUCUUAACCAAGGAAUACGUAAUGAUAGUUAAAUAUAAAGAUUUAAAUACAGGCAGUUUGACAAAUGCUUUUCAAGUUUGAAUGGAAAAGUUAGUCAAAACAACUUAUUUCUCUAUCAUAUAAUAUGUAAAUAAGUGAGUUUCAAAACCUUCUUAAGAAAUAUACUAGCGAUAAUUUCCUGAUAUCUAAGAGUUUUCUUUUCUUUUGUUGUUGUGCAAUCUGGAGGUCAGUGCCUUUAAUUACCAUUUACAUUUAGCAUUUUUUGUUUAAGUAAACACUGCAGAUGUCACAUCUUUCUGACAAAUCGUGUCAGCAUCUUAAAGCCUCUUGUUAAACAAAUGAUAUUGUAUUUUGUUAUAUUUCUUUUAUUACUCAGCUUUUAAGUGCUAAUUGCAAUGUAGAAUUUGUGCAGUAUAUCACAGGUCAGAAUCACCAACAAAAUGUUACUGUCAUAUCAUCUGGUGUAGGCUGUAUUGUUAUAUUUAUCUAAUAAAAUUACACUGUA